AUGGCAGUUGGAUGCUACGAGAAGACAAAUUUGCGACUUUUAAAUGACGACUUUACUUGGGGUGGUGAUGUUAUUAAUUUUGGCGGUGAAGCUCAGCCUGUCAGCUCAGUCACUGCUAAUGCUACCAGCAUCAACACCAAUACUUCGUUGUGGAAUUUAAGCAAUUACUGUGAUACGAUUGCAAUCACUACUGCUACUGAUAUAACUAAUAUCACCAAUUCAGUAAAUACUACUAUUGCUACUACUAUUUCCACAAUUAAUACAAAUGAUCACUUUGCAAACCAUUGCUUUCCAAGAACAGCAACAAGUCCACAUAAAAAUAGCAAUCUGUUUUGGCUCAACCAGUUUAGUACCACAGAACUGGUACGUUUCUUUUCCAAUUUAUUCACGAUCACUUCUAUCUUUAUUUCUUUUAUCGUUCACAUUUGGAGAUAA